AUUAGAACGCUCGUUGCGGCGUGCAUUCGUGCGGCUGUGCGAAUCAUCUCUCCAGCUUCCACACAGGUUGUGGCUAUCAGGGGUAUACUUGAGAGAUCGCCAACCCAUAGCUGGGGGGUCGUACGGAGAAAUCUAUCAGGGCAAGUAUGGUGGAAAGGCCGUAGCUCUGAAAUCACUCCGCGUCUUUCGAAGCCGCGAAGAUGACGCAAAGAGCCGAAAGGCAUUUUACAGAGAGGUCGCACUCGCUCGCGGCACAGAUCACAGACAUGUCUGUCAGAUCAUAGGCGUUGAUCGAGAGUCUUUCACGAGCCUGAGCGUGGUGCUACCGUGGAUGAGUUAUGGAAAUAUCCUGCAAUAUAUGGCAAAAGUCGGGUGGUUCGCUCAGGACGCUAUUCGCUUGAUUUAUCAGGUGGUUUCGGGAUUGGCAUAUCUACAUGGGAAGGGUAUCGUCCAUGGAGACCUCCAUGUCAGGAAUAUUCUCGUAGAUGUGGCCAGAGACGUUCGUCUGGCUGACUUUGGGCUCUCCAACUUCUCAGAUGCCGCAUUAAGUUGUAGCUCAGCGCAGCCAGGUGCAACACGCUGCAUGGCACCCGAGAUCUUUGACCCGGAUCGCUUUCGGCUUCCACGCGCACAGCACACACCUGCAAGCGACAUGUAUUCGUUUGGUCAGACAACAUGGCAGGUAGGUAUAUAG